AUGUGUGCUGUUGAAAGGGGUCUUGAAAGUAUAAUACGGCUGCUGCUAGAACAUAGUGCGGAUCCCAACGUGCACAACCAGUCAAUAGGUCUCACAGCGACAUACUUUGCAGCCAGUGCGGAUAAUGACGCGGUGUUACGGCUGUUCUUCGCCCGCAAGGACGAGGAUCGGAACAUAGAGUGCGAGAGUUUCCGCAUGGGCGUUCUUCUCUACGCUGCCUCCGUGGGGAGUGUCACCGUGCUCAAAACGCUGUUGGAUUCUCCCGCGGUAGACGCGCACUCGAAGGAUAACCACGAUCGAAACGCACUGCUCGUGGCAAUGCACCAUGAGAAAGAGGAUGUUGCAAAGGUGCUUUGGCCGACGGCCGGAUUUGCCUGA